AUGAGUAAUCAGCGUCCAGCUAUGCUGGUUUUCGUAGCUAGCAUUUUACUCCCAGCAGCGGCAACACUGGCCGGAGCCUCUUCCGGGCGCUCCGUCUCGCUGCCAAGCUGCCCCGACAAGUGCGGCGACGUUCCCAUCCCAUACCCCUUUGGCAUCGGCACACACUGCGCCGCGACCAGCCUGAGCAGCUACUUCAACCUCACCUGCAACGGCACGAUCGAUCCACCGCGGCCAAUGGUCGGCAAUGACGAGGCAGUGGUUGAGAUCACCGACAUCUCGCUGGAGCACGGUGAGAUGCGUGUGCUCAGCCCCGUCAACCACAUCUGCUUCACUUUGGACACCACGUUCACCAAGUUCCUCGGAGGGUACGAGCUGCAACUCACGCCCUUCCUGCCCUCCCCAUCGCGCAACCGCUUCACGGUAAUCGGCUGCAACACGCUUGGGCUCAUCAGCGGGUACAAAGGCACCGCGAGCCAGUACGUGGCUGGUUGCUACUCCUACUGCGAGGGCGUCAACAACACGACUGAAGGCGCGCCGUGUGCUGGGAUGGGAUGCUGCGAGGCUGCCAUCCCUGCAAACCUCACCUCCUUCGGGGUCAAGUUUGAGAUGAACCAGAGCAAGGUAUGGGGCUUCAACCCGUGCUUCUACGCCAUGGUGGCGGAGGUUGGGUGGUACAACUUCAGGCAGCAGGACCUCGUCGGCAGACUUGGGUUCGUUGAUGAUCGAGCCUAG